UAAACUGUUGUGGCUUUCUUCAACUGCGAUUUUGCUGGUAUGUUUCCCCUUUAUAUUGAGCGAGAGGAAAUAGACCCGACAAUAACACGAUGAUGCUAUUUCAAGAUGGCAACGAUCUCCAAUCAAUACCACAACGGGGAAAAUGCACCAAAUAGAUCUAUAUAUCUCACUGACAAUAUUCAAUCUAAAAAAAAAAGACAUCUCUUCUUAGCGCGUGAGAAAAAAGCUCGAAUGCUUUGGAAACAACGAGGAAAUGAGACAUAACAAGGUAUGCGGUGAUAAUACUGUGUUUAAGAUUUCUCCAGAUGCCAAAGUAAUUUUAAGAAUUAAUCCAUUAACGGACAGACGAACGAGUACUUCCUUUGACAAUGUGUCAUGUGUUUUUUCGGUUGAAUUAUGUCAUCAAAGUAAAAGCCAAGGUAAGUUAAGGACACACUUGUUAAUACUCGAAGAUCACAUUUGGCUCAACUAUUUUUUCACGCGAUUACGGUUGGAAGUCUAGUGCUAUUUGUAGACAGCAGCUCUCACGUCUCUCUUUGAGUAAGUUAGAUAACCAUUGUUCUUUUUUUAUCCGAUAAUGGUAUCAGUUCUUCGUGUAAUGAAAGUUCAAGCGGAUAUCGAGAUGUCACUGAAAAUAUAUCGAGAGUGGUCAACUCUGCAAAUAUCAAGUAUCAACUUUGAUAACACCAAUACCUUUGAAUAAAUUAUGCUGAUGCAAUAGAUAUUUUAGCUUGUUUUCUAACUCAUGGGUAUCAAAUUCAUUGAACUUAUCCAAAUGGAAACAAGGAAACUCCAUUUCAUAAAAACGUCGUGGUGACUAGUGCUGAGCAUUGAUUCAAAUUCGGCUCUCAGAAGCUCUGUGUUAUUAGAAAACUACCGACUGGCUGCUCGAAAAGUUUGUUCCAAUUCCCUCCAAAAGCCUCAACGUCAGAACCGCCUGGUAAAGAUGAACAAUUAUAGCUCCGAUGCAAAUUCAUCUCACGACGAGCAAACUUCGUGUAUCUUCGAACCAAAGUUUUCGUAUCCCGUCUCCGCCUGCGCCACAACAAUAACAUUUGUAGCAGUCUUUGGAAACUUCUUAGUCUGUUUCGCAAUACUUGCUAACAGUCAUCUUCGCAACAAUCCGACUAAUCUCUUCAUUCUCUCCCUCGCUUUCUCGGAUUUUCUUGCAGCAACAAUCGUGAUGCCAUUGGACAUCGAAGCACUCUUUCGAAUUGGUUUUGAAUGGAAUCAUGGAAAAGCAUUCUGCAUAAUUUGGGAGGUUGUUUACCUCAUUACCAUACCCAUUUCGAUUUUCAGCUUGUUGGCCAUUAGCGUGGAUCGAUACAAGACCCUUAGGGAUCCUUUGGUUCGGUUUAAGAAAUCACAAUUCCUGACUCAAAAGAGGGCUUUGAUAGUCAUCUUGAUAAUCUGGCUCUACAGCAUUUUAUGGGCACUUUUUGUCUUCAUGGGUUGGAGAGAAAAAGGAGUCGAACCAGACGACGAUGGUGUCUGUAUGCUGCCCUACACUAAAGAAUACAACAUUCUUAGCUCUUUUUUCAACAUUAUUUUCCCGCUAAUGAUCACAUGCAUUUUUUACAUCUUGAUUUACCGUAUUGCUGUCAAAAACAGUCGAUUCACCAAACGUGGUGGCUUUCCCUCCAUCCGAGAACCUACCAAAGAAGAAUGCAAGAUGUAUUUUAAGAAUGUCAAAGCCGCUAAGACGACUGCCACUUUCCUGUUAGCCCUUUUCUUCUGCUGGCAACCUUACUGUUACUUUAUCAUCGUCGAGACCAUGCUAGACGAAGAGUGGACAUUUCCUUGCAAAGUUUUCAUGUCGCUGUUGUGGUUGGGCUACCUUAAUUCAGCGCUAAAUCCCUUUUUGUUCGCCUUCAGCAACAACCGUUUCAAGGCUGCUUUUAAAAAUCUUUUUAAACCUGCUUUAAAACCGACCGAACCUGCUUUAUCACUCCGCCGGCUUUCCACGUUUUCACAAAGCACUGUUACUUCUGAGAUUCCAGAGCUGGAAAACAAUUGCCGUCUCCGAUCCGUAUCGUACUUCGAAAAUUCUGUGGCAAUCGUAGGGAAUCUCAUGGUAUGUUACGCCAUAAUCACCAACACGAAUCUGCGCCACAAUCCAUCAAACCUGUUGCUUUUGUCCCUGGCUGUGGCAGAUUUUCUCACAGCAAUCCUUGCCAUGCCAUUUGACGUAGAAUCACUCUUCCUGAACUUCGCAUGGAAACACGGGAAGGCCUUGUGUCUAACGUGGCAAUUGGUGUACCUCUUUGUUGUACCGAUCUCUAUUUUCAGCCUGCUGGUCAUUAUUGUUGAUCGAUACCUAACCCUCAGCGGUUUUCACGGCCGAUUUGGGUGCUCACGGUUCAUGACUAAACAGAGAGCCCUCAUAGUCAUCGCGACAAUCUGGCUUUACAGCAUUUUAUGGGCUCUUCUCCCUGUCAUGGGAUGGCGGAAAGAAGGCGACGUUCUUGAAGAUGGCAUCUGCAUGAUACCAUAUACAAAAGCCUACAACAUAGCCAGCUCCUUUCUGAACAUCGUUCUUCCCCUGCAGGUAUCGUGUGGGUUUUCCAUCCUGGUAUAUCACAUCACAAGGAAGCAUGAGAAGGCUCUAAGCAACACAGAACAUAAUUCAUCCGAACAACCCACAAAGGAACAGCAAGAGAUCUAUUUGAAGAAUAUCAAGGCUGCCAAAAGGAGCUCCGUGUUCGUGCUGGCUAUUUUCGUCUGCUGGCAGCCUUACGCACUUUUUGUUGUCGUUGACACCAUUAACAGCGAAAACUGGACAUCGUUUCACUACGAAGUCUACAUGGUGCUGUUAAUGUUUGUUCUAUUCUCUACCACUUGGAGCCGCGAAAUUUGCACGUUCCAGAACAGCCUCUUCAAUAACAGGAUGAACAACAGUUCCGCUGCAGAUCCGUUUACCGACGAGGACGUUUCCUUUGGUUUUAAACCAGAGUUUUCGUAUCCUGUUGCAGCCUGUUACAUAGUCAUCACAGCGGUGGCAGUCUUUGGAAACUUCUUGGUCUGUUUCGCAAUACUUGCUAAUAAACAUCUCCGCCACAAACCGACGAAUCUUUUCAUUUUUUCCUUGGCUCUUUCAGAUUUUCUCACGGCAACGAUCGUAAUACCGUUUGAUAUAGAAUCACUUUUCCUUAAAGGUGCAUGGAAUCAUGGAAAAGCAUUCUGCAUAGUUUGGCAGGUGGUGUUCACGAUAACCGUACCCAUCUCGAUUUUCAGCUUGUUGGCCAUUAGCGUGGAUCGAUACAAGACCCUUAGCGAUCCUUUGGCGCGGUUUAAAAGUUCACAGGUCAUGACUCAAACCAGAGCUCUAAUUGUCAUAGCAAUCAUCUGGCUGUACUGCGCUCUAUGGCCGCUUUUUGUCUUCAUGGGUUGGCGAGACGAAGGAGAGGUAGAUGAUGAUGGUAUCUGCCUGCUGCCAUACACAAAGGAAUUUACACUUGUUAUGUCCUUUGUUAAUGUCAUUCUCCCUUUGAUGAUCACAUGCGUUUUUUUCCUCCUCGUAUAUUGUAUUGCUGUCAAGAACAAUCGAUACUCCAAAAGAGGCAACUUUCCUUCCAUUCGACAGCCCUCAAAGGAGGAAAAAAAGAUGUAUUUAAACAAUGUCAAAGCAGCUAAGACGACUUCAAAGUUCGUUUUGACUCUCUUCCUCUGCUGGCAACCUUACUGCUAUUUUGUCGUUGCUAGUAUUAUCGACGGCCACAACUGGGAAUCGUUUCCUUACAAAGUUUACUUGGUAUUACUGAUGUUUGGUUACCUUAACUCAGCGCUUAAUCCGUUCCUUUUCGCCUUUUCCAACAAAAGUUUUAAGGCUGUGUUUAAAAACCUCUUAACCUCGCUCAAACCAGCUGUACAACGGACUGAACCGAGCUUAUCGCUUCGCCGGCUCUCGACGUUUUCACAAAGCACCAUUACUUCCGAGAUUCCGGAGGUGGGAAACGGCGUCCGUCUCCAGUCCAUAUCCUAUAACGAGGAUUCAGCUUUUUAAUCAAUGCCUGCAGUAGAGAGGUAGUUAUGGUGAUAACUCAAGGAUGAAAUUUGAGAUCCAGAAACUUUAUUUAAAAAAGCCGGUUGAGCUAAUUUUGAGCGAUUUAGCAACAUACAUUCAUGAUAUUGUGACAAGCUCUUAAGUUGAGUAUUGUAAAGCGACCACAUUACAAAUAAGCAUUUUUCCCAAGCAUUAAAAAGAUCUGUCAUGCAAAAAGAACAUAUGCAAUUGGUAAAUGAUGAAACGAUGUACCUACUCAAGUAUACUUAUAUAGUGGUAACAGUUAUGCUUGGUGAGAAACCUGGGUCCCGUUCAAUUUUUUAAGACGGUAGGGAAUCACUUAACAUGUAAUCUUCAGUGGUUUGAUGGUAAAGAUGUAUUAUUAAUGUAAUCACAGGUGGCCCAAGCUC